CUCGAUGAGUUCGAAGGCUGCCCCGACCUGUACCAGCGCGUGCGGGUGAGCGUCGCGGUGCUCGAGCCCGAGGGCGCCCCCGAGGAGCCCCCCGCCGCCGAAAGGCGCCUGCCGUGCUUCGUGUACAUCACGGCCACCUACCCGCCCGAGUGGGCCCAGCUCCCGCACCUCGACAGUUACGACUCGCAGGGGGCGCACGGGCUCCCCUACAAUCCACGGGAGAACAGAUAAAAGCCCAAGGAAGGCUCCCCGGCCAGGGGACGCACAGAGCCCUGCGGGUAAGAUCACCUCGGCGUGGUCUGCACGCGCUGAAUGCAGAAACCUAAUGAUGUCCUUGGAAACAAGUAUCUGUAAAACUCCCUCUGCGGGAAAAGAAAAGACUCUUACUGUCAGCCAAUUUCCUAGAUAAUGUUGCCAUACCAAUAACCAGAUUGUGCCCUUAAAUCUAUCCGUCCCAUACGGCUUUAUUGCUUGCUGCUUAAAGAGCAUUAGGGUUUUGAAUGUCCUGGGUAAGACAAAUUUAGGAUUUUAAUUCCCCUAAAUGGCAUUUGAGGAACUCAUAUGUUAUCACACUUUUCUUGCUUCUCUGUCUGCUUUGCUUUAAUCCGAAGAUGACAUUUAAAAUGAAGGUGAAGACUUUGUGUUGCAGCUAGAUUUUAGCAGCCCUACUCUAUUGAUCCUGACCUGUAUAGCAGCAAGAAAAAAAAAAAUGCUAAGCUGAUCUUGGAUGUCUCAGUGUAAUAAAUAAUAAAAGAAACUCAAGAAAAGCA